UCUCUUAUAUAACCCGCACUUAUGUAAGCAGGCCUCAAUCUCGCGUUCCCUGUCCUCCCUCUUCUGUUUUUCCUUCUUCUAGAUCUUUCUCUUUCUUCUCUUUAACAUGUAACUCCGACUGCCAAAUUACAAUUUUUGUGUGAGUCGCGUUUCGCUUUAAUGCUUCAAGGGAUGGUUCAGCCAAAAAGGAAAAUUAGCGGUUAAUCACUCACCCUCAGGCCAUCCAAGAUGAAGGCGACUUUUUUCUUCACUAGAAGAUUAAAGAGGAUUUUUAGCUGAAACUUGUGGUUCUUGGUGAUUCAUGAAAUGAGGUCUGAAUGGAGAUGUGUAAGUAAUGCUCUUGGAGACCCAGGGGACGCCAUGUCUGAAGAGGCGAUCUCAGGAAGCGACCUGGAGCCCAGCCUUAACAGUGAAGAGGAGGAGGAGGAGGAGAUGGACGAGGAGGAGGAAGAGGAUGGAGAGAACGAUGGCGAUGACGAGGAAGACGCAGGCGACCAGCUCGAGAGCCUGGAGACGGAGGAUCGGAGAGAUCCCAGCAGUCCGGCACCUACCUCACCAAUGUCUGGAGACUCCAGCCCCGACCGCUCGUCCCGGCCCGCGUCUCGGCCCUCGUCCACCUCACGGACGUCAUCGCGACCCGGAUCUCAGCCCCCAUCCAGCCCGGACACCCGCAGCAAUGCAUCUGCUAACAGCAACACUAAGAAGACGACGUCCAAAACCUCCAAACCGGCUCACCUAAGGAGGAACAUCCGGAAGCUCCUCACCGAGAACCAGCUGGAAGCGGGAACCAAAGCUGCUCAGCAGGAGGAGCUGGAGAGACGGCGACGUCUUGAACAGCAGAGGAAAGAGUUUUCUCUUCACGCAGAUUUAGCCACUGCAGCAGCUGGAUCCAAACAGGAAGUGAUCUGUCUUGACAGCAGUGGAGACGAGGGUGAGGAGAAAGAAGCCCCGCCUCCUCCGCUUCCUGACCACAGAGAUGAUGUGAUCGAGUUGAGUUCAGGUGAUGAAGGUGAUGCUCUGCGGAUCAGCAGUGAGGAGGAGGAGGAGCGCUCGCUCACUCCGGGCACAGAGGAGAGCAGCGGCUCACACAUCAACGACUCCCUCAAUCAGCCGGACGGCCAGGGCAGAGUUCUGGUCAACAUCAACCAUCCUGCAGAAGAGGAGGACCUGUUUCUCGCCCCCCAGCUAGCCCGCGCUGUCAAACCACACCAGAUCGGCGGGAUCCGCUUCCUGUAUGAUAACCUGGUGGAGUCGCUGGAGCGCUAUAAGACAAGCAGUGGCUUCGGCUGUAUUCUAGCACACAGUAUGGGCCUGGGCAAAACCCUGCAGGUCAUCUCCUUCAUCGACGUCCUGCUGCGGCACACUGGAGCCAAAACUGUCCUGGCCAUUGUUCCUGUGAACACACUACAGAACUGGCUGGCAGAGUUUAACCUCUGGCUGCCCGCCGCUGAGGCUCUGCCCCCAGACACCGACCCACAGCAGGUCUUACCUCGAACCUUCAAGGUUCACAUCCUCAACGACGAGCACAAAACCACAGUGGCACGGGCAAAGGUGGUGGAGGACUGGACUGGUGACGGUGGUGUCCUGCUGAUGGGCUAUGAGAUGUACCGUCUGCUGUCACUCAAGAAGAGCUUCGUCACCGGACGCAAGAGGAAGAGCAAGAAACCCGCAGGACCUGUGAUCAUUGACCUGGACGAGGAAGACCGGCAGCAGGAGCUCAUGAAAGCUAUCGAGCGCGCUCUGUCUCGUCCCGGGCCGGAUGUGGUGAUCUGUGACGAGGGUCACCGCAUUAAGAACUGUCACGCCAGCACCUCUCAGGCCCUGAAGAACAUCCGCUCACGUCGGCGGGUGGUGCUGACCGGUUACCCACUCCAGAAUAACCUGAUCGAGUACUGGUGCAUGGUGGACUUCGUCAGGCCGGAUUUCCUGGGCACUCGACAGGAGUUCAGCAACAUGUUCGAGAGACCCAUCCUAAACGGCCAGUGUAUCGACAGCACACCCCAAGACGUCCAGCUGAUGAGAUACAGGAGCCACGUCCUGCACAGCCUGCUCGAGGGCUUCGUCCAGAGACGAGGUCAUGAUGUUCUCCGUCAUCAGCUUCCCCCAAAAGAAGAGCAUGUGAUUCUGGUGCGCCUGUCCCGUCUGCAGAGGGCGCUCUACACCGAGUUCAUGAACCGCUUCCGAGAGGCGGGAAACAGCGGCUGGCUGGGCCUGAACCCACUCAAAGCCUUCUGUGUCUGCUGCAAGAUCUGGAAUCAUCCGGAUGUUCUGUACGAGGCUCUUCAGAAGGAGAAUCUGGCCAAUGAGCAGGAUCUGGAUCUGGAUGAUCUGAACUCCUCCAGCGGGACACGCUGCUCCGCUCCGGCAAUCAAGAGCAAGACAAGUGAUGCUGCAAACAGCAGACAGAUGAGUGUGGGACACCUCAACCCCCUGCAAGAGAAGGCCAACCAAGUCAUCACUUAUGAAUGGGCAAAAGACGUCAUGACCAACUAUCAGACGGGUGUCCUGGAAAACUCCGCCAAGAUGGUGUUGCUGUUCCACCUCAUUGACGAGAGCGUUGCUCGAGGAGACAAAAUGCUGGUUUUUAGUCAGAGCUUAUCAACCCUCACGGUUAUCGAAGAUUUCCUGAGUCGAAGGCCAAUGCCUAUCCAAACAGAGUCUGGCACGCACAACUGGGUCCGAAACAUCAACUACUACAGGUUAGAUGGGAGCACAUCAGCUUCUGAAAGAGAAAGACUCAUCAACCAGUUCAACGACCCGGCGAACACACAGGCCUGGGUUUUCCUGCUGUCCACCAGGGCUGGUUGUUUGGGGGUGAAUUUGAUUGGUGCAAAUCGAGUGGUGGUUUUCGACGCCUCCUGGAACCCCUGUCACGACGCGCAGGCCGUCUGCCGCGUUUAUCGAUACGGUCAACGCAAACCCUGCCACAUCUACAGGCUGGUGUGUGACUUCACGCUGGAGAAGAAGAUCUACGACCGGCAGGUGUCCAAACAGGGCAUGUCCGAUCGAGUCGUGGAUGAUCUGAACCCCGUCCUCAACUUCACGAGGAAAGAGGUGGAGUCGCUGUUGCACUUUGUGGAGGAGGAGCCUGAUCCCGCAGAGCUGCAGCCUAAUAACGAAAUGGAGACGGUCAUUCAGCAAGCCUGUGCGAUGUACCCACACCUCUUAACCAAGCCGCCCUUCCAUCAUGAGUCCCUUUUAAUGGACCGCAAGGAAAUGAAACUGACCAAAGCGGAAAAGAGAGCAGCCAAGAAAAGCUAUGAAGAUGAGAAGAGGGCAUCUGUGCCGUACCAACGGCCCUCUUAUGCACAUUACUACCCAGCUAGUGACCAGAGACUCACCAAUAUCCCAGCCUUCAGCCAGAGGAACUGGCGCCCUCCUCCUCAUUUAGAAGAGAAACCAGUUGCAAGUGUGAGGCCAGUUCAAUCCACGCCCAUUCCCAUGAUGCCCCGACAGGUACCCAUGGGCGUCCCUAGUUCAAGCACAGGAUUCCCUGUCAACUAUCUGCAAAAAGCCGGUGUUUACGUACAGCGAGUCGUCACAACCACUGAUAUUGUGAUCCCAGGCUCCAACAGCAGCACAGAUGUCCAAGCCCGGAUCGGUGCAGGAGAGAGUAUUCAUGUUAUCAGAGGAUCCAAAGGCACUUACAUCAGGACCAAUGACGGGAGGAUAUUUGCCAUCCGCUCUGGAAAGCCAAGACCACCUGAAGGAGGAGCCACAGCUUCAAGAGAGGACUGUGGCCCUCACUUGCAUUCUGUCAGUAAUGGUCGAGCAUCUCCUCAAGAGCCAAAACGUUUAACCCCUGAAGCUCUGCCUCGCCCUUCUUCCCGAGACAGCCCCAGGUUCCACCGAGAAUUCCACAGCAACAAGGAACUAGUUCCUUCAGCAGAGAAUCUAACAUCUUCAGGAGCUCCUGAAUCUUCUGGAGCAGACAGACCCAUCCAACUCCCAGGUCACCUUUCUGAACAGCACCGGCAGCUCAGCAAUGACAUCGCAUCAUCUGUGGAUGUUCAAAGUUUGAAACGAAAGCUUUUGGAAAGUCGGACAUCCAAACAGCCUGGUGGCAAACGGACCUCAACGUCAAGUAGUGCAGCUGGAAGUUACCCGGGAUUUCCUCUUAACAGCGGAUUUGGGUUCCCCUCCAUGGCGUUAAACCCUGCCUUGCUCGGCGCCCUGGGUCACGUGACUCCACCCUCUCUUGGAAGCAGGUCACACCUCAUGCACCAAGCUGGACAGACUCUGGGUGACCUACAUGCCAUGUUCCCCACUGAACCACUUGGACUUGGUGUGUCCAACAGCACUCUUUCCUCGACCUGUUCGACCAACACCACAUCCUCCAGCCACUCUGGAAUGCUGGCAUCUUCUUCAUCUUCAGUGCCCUCUUCGUCCUUGUCCUCUACUUCCUCUUCUCUUCCACCCUUCAUGAUGAACCCAAGCAUGGCAAGUAUGCUUUCUGGCUUCCCGGUACCAUUUUCCCAACCACUGUUUCCAGGUUCCCUUCACCCCAGAGGCUUGUCCUCUACCUCAACCCCUGCCUCCACCGCCUCCAGCUUCCUCUCUUCCUCCAGCCUGCUGGGGACAGCGUUCAGCCGCCCUGAUACGCACCCCUCGCUUACGGAAAAUGGUGGGAGCAGUUCGGAUGACGAUGUCAUAGAGGUGAUGGGCCAGUGAUUGUUGUCAUUUGCUGCUUCGGACUUCGUAAUUCUGAAUGGAAGAAUUCUAUUGGACGGAGCUGAAAUUAUAUAAAUCCAAAUGCUGAAUAUGCAUGGAGUUAUGAAAGGUGAUAUAUAUUUUUCAUUAACAAAAGGGACCAGAGCACAGGGCUAAUGUGAAGAGCCCUAGUUGUAUGUCUCUUGUGAGGGCCUGGACAAGGACCUGCCUAAGUUCCCUCGCAGAGGAUACCGUACUGAACUCAAAAUGUGAUUGUCUUUAAAGACUGUUUGCGUUCAUAAGAGAAGACUUUAGAGAUACGUUAGCUGUUUGCUAGACCUUGUAGCAUCACCUGGAAUGAUAAAUGAGAAAAAAAACAUGUGACCUUUUUUAUUAUAAUUGUAAGUACUACUAUUACUUUUGUAAACAGUGGUCCUACAUGAUUAUUCAUAGUCGUUUCGACCAUUGAAAAUGCAGACUGGGCAACGGAGGGAAUUCGUAACAAUCGAAUCGUAGAAUGACAGAAGCCAUGCCUAGCGUUAGCACCGCCGAGACCUUUUUGCUUUUCCUUUAAGAAAAAAAAAAUACUACAAGGAAAACCUUAAAACUCGAAUGUAUUUUCAUGUUAGCCUUUAAAAUUUGGUGGAGGGACGUAAGUUUAGUGCGUUUAGUUCAAUAUUAGCCUUAAAGCAGACAACUGGAUCUGUGUUCUCGUUCAAUUGCGUAGCAAACAAAGUCAUGCGUCAUUCUCAAUGGGGAUCAUCUUACGAAUGUGUAGACUGUUAUGCGACCCUAUUAGCCAUUUUUUUCAAAAAUCUGCGCUUCGCAUCAUCUGCGCGGCCAUUUAGUUUCAUCCGUGUUGGGGCCACAGUCAUGACCAAAGUGUUCAUUCAGCCGUUUCGAAGAAAUUUGAUGUGUUAUACGUUUGUGUUAAUGUUGACUCGUACACGCGCGCUGGUUGACCUGUGACUGACAAAUCCCUCAGCCAAUAACACUGUUCAUUCUCUGUGCCUAUUAGAGCUCUUUAUUUUGACUCCUCCCACAAUCUGCUUUCUGAUUGGCAGAUGCCCAUGUCACAAUCUUUGGCCUGAGUCUGCAGACGCUGUUAUACAAGUACAAUGGUGUGCUUUUUGACAUGUGAUUAUAUCUUUUAUUUGUUGUUAUUUGAAUCUUUGUUUUGUAACAUGACAUACCGAUGUAUUAGUUUCGUUUUCUCUUUUUCGACUAUGUAUAAAUUUACCAGAAAUAUUUAUUUAUGAUGCUGAAAAGUAAUUCAUUUUCAUUCUUUUUUUUUAUUUUUAUACAUUUUCAACCUUUUUUAAGAAGAAAAUAAAAUCCCUCUACCGGAGAGACGCAGGGUUUUUUUGCCCCCAUAGGUGAGUUCAAGACCAUGAUCUGUGCGCGAAUGAGCUGUCGGGACCCAAAAACACACGUUGUCCCGGGAGGUGUCCACACGUCAUCUCAUAUGCCCAGCAUGGGGAGGAGUACACUCAAAUGACAUUGUAUUUAUUAAAUAUUGUUUUAACAUAAAUAAA